UUUAUAUACAUAGAAAUUAUUAUAAUAAUAGACAUUGGUAAGGGCCAUUAAAAUAGCAGAAAUUGAGCCCUGUAUAUAUAGGCAUUAUUGUCUCGUUGAUAGGUGGCUUCUGCUUAAUUUCUACAAUGGUUUUGAGGAAUUCCAUCUGCACAUAUUAAUCAAAUCAAGGUAGUCCUGUCAAAACCAUUGUUUCCAGGAAGCUUAUUUUGCAUGGAAAAAUUCCUCCAAAACUUACAUCUUCCUGAGUGUGGGGCUGUAGCUAAAUGUUGGUUAGGUCUUGGUGAUAAAGAAUAGGAUUGAUUGCUCACAUGUUCAGUCAUUCUGUCCUUCAUCUAUGAUGCCUAUUGUCCUUCAGUCCCAGCAGGCAAUGCAAGUAAACAUACUAUUCUGAACUAAAUACACACAAGUACCUCAAAAUGAAUGACCGUGAAGAAGGAGAGCUUUCUGGGUCUGAUGUAGACCUUGAGCGGAUGGUGGAUGCCAGCAACAUUCUGCCUCCAGCAACAGCUCCACUGCAUCAGUACAGGACACCUAGAGCUGCCCAACAUGUACCAGGGCUUUCCAGUGAUGAAGAUUCUUCUGACAAUGACUUGGAUGAUGAAGACUGUCACCUGAGUGGUCCUAAGCGCAUGAAAGUCUCAAAUGCAUUGUCAAGGUUAGAGGAGCCUGCUCAGUUCACCAAAGAGCAGCAAGCAAUGUUACAGCAAGGUCUCAUACAGCAGCCCGCACCUCCUGAGCCAAUGAAAGAAGAUGCCACAUUGAUUGUCAAGAAGCCUCGAAAGUGCAACAACAUCUGGGCCAAUGUUUUAGGAGAACAGAGCCUGACUGAAGAAAUAGGAGUUAUAGGUCUGAAGAAGCUUGAGGGAGACCGAAAUGUGGAGAACUACGACUUCAGAGCGGCUCAGCAGCUGCGCAAGGCUGAGGCAGCCUCAUUGCAAGCUCCUGAAGACGAUGAGGAGGAAGAAGGGGAGCUGCAUGACGACCUCGAAGAUGGAGAAAUGAAAGAAGAGUUUGUUGAGGAGGCACCUAAAUUAACUGCAAGAUUGUCCCGCAAACGUCCGAUGUCGCACCGCGUGUACCAGCCACCACCUGUGCCGGUCCCGACCGCCGCCCCUGGAGAGCCUCUGCUGCUGCCCGCCAUCGACGCGUCACAACACCCCACCGACAAGUCCCUCGCUUUGGUUAUCGCCAGCGCUCUGCAAGAGAACAAACCACAAAUUAUUGUUAAUGUGGUAGAACAGUUUGGUCGUGAGUUCGCGAUGCAGCUCUACAACGACACCAGAGAGCAGGAGCGUCAGGGCGGCCUUAUGAUUGUGACUGGUGACCGGCGCCGGACGUCUGGCGGGGUCUUCCUGCAGUUGCUGAAGAAAUCUAACCCCAGCAAAGACAAACUCGCCGUCAUAUUCCCCCCUGAUGAGGCUCACCAACAAUGGCGUCGACGACGACGAGCUGUGCAUCGCCGUAGGAACAGAGAACGCCACGACACUGACCGGCCCACCAGCUCGUGCGGAUCGAGCGAUAGCUCCUCCCGCGUGGUGGUGCCUCGCUCUCCUCGCCUGCCCUGUGACGAUUCCAACGAUGCAUUGGAGCUGGGGGGCGCAAAAUGCCCUGCCACCUCGCCUGCAGUGUCCCCAGGCCCCACUCCCACCACUACCCCCGUAGUCACCCCUCACGAUAGUGACUCUGAAGAAGAUAGAGGCAAAGACAAGCUCGUCGACACUGCUCUGGCAAUUGUCAAGUCGCUGUCGCCUGCUCUGCUAUCUCAUUCAGAGGAAGGUUUUUGCGACGCUGCAGCCGCCCCUGACGAGAUGGACGUUUAUUGAGUAGCCAUUGCGGUGCCCUUCUGCACUCUUCGGCCCACGCGGUGGCUGGUUUCCGUUGACCUCAAAUCAGGGACGACUUCUGUUCCUAUUUGUAGACAUUAGUGAUCGAUUUUGGAUUAGAACAUUUACAUACUUAUUAUCGAAAAGAGGCUUGUAGCAUCUCAAAGUAUGAACAUUUGGUAGGGGGGUGUUACUUUUGAUAUCAUAUAUGAUGAACUGGCCUUUAGAACAUUUCACUCUUUUAGGAGUCAUGAGAGAACUUUAAGAAAUACUUGGAUAUAUAUAGAUAUUUCUAUCCGGCAGGAAAUUUUUUGUCUUUAUUCUUCACUUGUUUUAGUUUAAUGAAGCGUCUUUAACUCCUCGUUCUAUUGAGCCAAUGGGCAUUAUUUCUUGUCUCUAUUAUUUUUUUAUAUAACAAAAGAUCUCAUUGCGCCUACUUCUAGACUAUGACAUAUUUGGAAGUCUCCUUUGACCUUAUUCGACUAUAAUGCUCAGCAAGCAUCGGAUAUUAAAACCUAAGUUCAUUGUAGCGGUACUCACGGAUAUACUGUUGAAGGCUAACGGAAUACAUUUGACCUCGGAGUGAAUAGUUUUCUUAACAAUGAACGAUAUCUGAAAAGAACGAUUUACCUCGUCUAGUUCAUGUUCAUAGUAUGGUACAUUGUUGAGAGAUAUUGUAAGAUACUUUAAUCUUCGCGCUCGUAGACAAAUAAAAUAAAUAUUUCAA